GGUCGGAAAAUGAAAAAUUAGUCGCUCAAAAUUAAAUUUAGAAUUCAUAUUUUUUUUAAAAGGGUGAAAAAUGAUAAGGGAAAAUGAAUUUAAUCCUAUAAAAAAAGAAAAAACGACAAAAUUAGGCGAAGAAUCAGUGAUAAAAGAUAGUGAAAUUGAGAAUCUCAAUGAUGACUGUCUUAUGCAUAUUUUCCAUUACUUGCCAAUUGCAGACAAGAUAAGAAUCGAAAGGGAUAAUCGAAAAAUGUAUAAAAUUGCGGAAAAUUUGCUUAUACAGACUUUUCGGUCCUGGCAUAGACUCAAUUCUCGAAGCUCUUGUAUCCCAAGCAAAAAAUUUAAGAAACAUAGAGUUACGUAUUUCUGGGACGAUUGUAAAAGAAAUUGAAAAUUUACCAAAAUUUCUGUCAAACAUGUCGCAAUUAAGAAGCUUAGAGAAAUUAGAUUUUAUAAAUGCUGGUGGCUUCAUUAAUGACGAAUUUCUGGAAAUUGUUGCAAAAAAUUGCGUUCAACUGACACAUCUGAAUAUUGCUGGCAAGAACAGUGUCACAGAUAAAGGAAUUUGCAACAUUUCUAAGUUGAAAAAACUGCUUUUUUUGGAUAUGCGUGACAUUCCAAAUAUAAUCUCUCCGCCUUUAGAAAAAAUGCAAAAUUUAGAAGUUUUAUGCUGCUGGAACUGUAGAAAAAUUAAAGAGGCAACCUUAUUUCUUUUCUUGCAAGAAGCGCCUAAUUUGCGAGCAAUCGAUGUUCGAGAGUGUCCUUCCGUGACGACGGAAUUGUUACAUGUUGCUGAGAAUGUUGUUGAAAAUCGAGAAUCAAAAAAAAUUCUCGAAAUUUAUAUAGAACGGGCCAAAAUUCCGGAUAAUUUCUUUUAUGAGAAGCCCGAUUUGUUGACUAUUGGUAUUGGAUCUUUUGAAGGGGUAAAAUACGGUUUCGAGAAUAUACUCAAAUGUGAAAAAAUACCACAAAUUCGAAUCCAGCCAAACGCUAUAUGACAGCACGAUAUUUAUAAAUAUUUAUU